GGCGUGCCAGGAAGGACCCUUUAUCCCCGCUCCCAGGGGGCGGAGCCUGAGCCCCGCUGUGGCUGGGGAUGAACGCGCUCCUGAGACGCGGGGUUGCCCGCGUGGGCAUCCCCUGUGUGUGGAGAGGGAAACGCUUCAGCUCCAGGGAUGAGGCGGCAGAAAGCAAUCGGGGCACGCCGAUGCUGCGGCAUCUUACGUAUAAAAUAAAGUCUACGGGUCCUAUCACGGUGGCCGAGUACAUGAAGGAGGUUUUGACCAACCCAGCCAAGGGGUAUUAUGUGCAUCAUGAUAUGCUUGGAGAAAAAGGAGACUUCAUUACUUCACCUGAAAUAAGUCAGAUCUUUGGGGAGCUGCUGGGGAUAUGGUUCAUUAGUGAAUGGAUGGCCUCUGGGAAGAGCCCAGCUUUUCAGCUGGUGGAAUUGGGUCCAGGCCGGGGGACCCUCACUGGAGAUAUUUUGAGGGUGUUCAGUCAGCUUGGGUCCGUGCUAAAAGCCUGUGAUAUUUCAAUACACCUUGUAGAGGUGAGCCAAAAGUUAAGUGAGAUUCAGGCCUUGACACUGACUGAGGAGAAGCUCCCUUUGGAGAGAGAUGCCGAAUCCCUGGUGUACAUGAAAGGGGUCACCAAGUCUGGGCUUCCAGUCUCCUGGUACCGAGAUCUGAAGGAUGUCCCCAAAGGGUGCAGCUUUUAUCUGGCACACGAGUUUUUUGAUGCUCUUCCCGUGCACAAGUUCCAGAAAACAUCACAAGGAUGGAGAGAAGUGCUUGUUGAUAUCGACCCACAAGUUCCUGAUAAACUGAGGUUCGUCUUGGCGCCUUGUGCAACCCCAGCAGAAGCCUUCAUACGACAGCACGACGAAGGAAGGGACCAUGUGGAAGUGUGUCCCGACGCUGGGAUUAUUAUACAGGACCUUUCUGAACGCAUUGCCCUCACUGGAGGCGCCGCCCUGAUUGCUGACUACGGCCAUGAUGGCACAAAGGCAGACACCUUCAGAGGCUUUCGUGGACACCAGCUUCAUGAUGUCUUAAUUGCUCCUGGAACAGCUGACCUGACAGCCGACGUGGAUUUCAGUUACCUGCGCAGAAUGGCACAAGGGAAAGUCGCCUCUCUGGGUCCAGUAGAGCAGCGGACAUUUUUAAAGAACAUGGGCAUUGAUGUCCGUCUGCAGGAACCGUUUCAUGCUACCUGCUGAGUCAGAAUCUAUGGCCAAGUGGAUGACAUCUGUGGCUUUGGGCAUCAAAGCCUCCUAGUGGACUUCAGCUUUUUUGUUACAAAGUGAACCCAGCAGGCUACUGUCUUUCUGUUGUUCUCAACACUCCUUUUGGUUUGGUGGAGUAUUUAUCAAACUGUCACCUGGCCCCAUGUUUGGAAAGGUAAAAAAAAAAAAAAAAAACUAUUCAUUCAAUGGCUGGCUAAACCCGGGUGGGGACAUUUCUUAGCACCACCUCUACUACCUAUGAGGGACUGUUCCCUAGGGAUGACACACCCCGUCAGUAAACUGAAGAGGGUCAACUUUA